GGUACAUGGUAGGCAUUUUGUUUAAUUUUAAUAUAAACAAAUUUAGAAGCAUAACUGUCCAUCAUGUCUGAUGAUGAUGAUUACAUGUCUGAUAAAUUUUUAACCGCAGUUGCUGAUGUUCGUCCCAGUUUAAUAAACAAUCGCGCAAAGAAGCGCGAAUUGACCAUUGUGGCCAAACAAAAGGAUAACACAAAAAAACAACGAGAGACUAGGAACAUAUCUUCUGCAGUUGUAAACAAUGAAAAACUACAGGAAGCUUUAAGUAAGCCUUUAGAGUCGGAUAACAAAGGCUUCAAAUUGUUAGCUAAAAUGGGAUACACGCCAGGACAGGCGCUUGGUAAAGUUGUAAAUAAUAGUAAUAACACAACAGACCUAUCCGAUCAAUGUAGAAUCGUAGAACCGAUAGGAAUAACCAUCAAAUCUGAUCGUCAAGGUUUGGGUAGAGAAACUGCUCUUAAAGAACUUUUGCAAAGAAAAUCAGAACUACGCAGACAACGGCUUGAAAAGGAAAGAGGAGGUGAAACGUCCAUAGAGGAGUUUCGAAGAAGAACAACUCAAAAAGUGGAAGAAAGAUUUGUAGCACAAUCGUUAAGUCGCUGUCAAAAGGUGUGUCAAAAUUUAGAUUUGGAUACAGACAUGCCCGAACCAGCUAUGUCGUGGUUUUGGCCCCAAAAACCUAAAGGUGCCAAUGAUGACGCAGCAGAAGAGCCAAAUACUAAACAAACAGACGAGGAAUACGACGAUGAGGAAGAAGACGACUUUAGUAAUGUUGAAAAGUUGGAAAUGUUGACAAAUUAUAUUCGCACUUCAUAUAAUUUUUGCUUUUGGUGUGGAAUACGAUAUGAAAAUCUAAAUGAUCUUAAUGACAAUUGUCCAGGACCUGGAAAAGAUGAUCACUAAUCAAAAAAAAAAAAAAACUACGAGUUAAGCAAUCACCGUAGCUCAAAGGCUAGAGGAGAAAAACUUUUCAGCGGUGGUCAUUCCUUCCUGGCACUGGCGACACUUGUAGUCAGCCGUGUAAACUUCUCUAGAAAGUGUUGUCGCUCUGCGGCAAAACCUUUUUAUUGCCGAGUUCGAAUGGCUUGCUCCUGAUCAAUAUGCUUAAACUUGUAUGGGAUAGCAACCAUUAAUAUUAGAGAAGUUCCGUAAUGAAAUUAUCAUGGGCAAAUUAAUUACUUGCACGAGUUAAGAAAUAUGUUCCUAAUCUCAUUAUCGAAAUUGCUUGAGGUUUUUUUGUGUAAUAUUCCCUUUAACCAUUUUUAGGGUUUUGUUCAAAACAUUUUGUUUAAGCAGUUUGAACCCCAUUCACUAAAAAAUUCUAUUAUACAUAUAUAUCUAUCUAUCUAAGAUCACAGGAGAAGACAAUAUAAUCACCAUUGCAGUCGGGGGUAUGUACAGGCUCAUUCUAUUAGAAACGGAGGUUCUGCUUGAUUAUAAAAUAUAACUCUUUUGUUAAUUAAUGAGCAAUCUUAUGCAUAGUCAUAAAAAUUUGUUUAUUUGUUACAACAUAUAAGUUUUCCGUAUAUAAAUAAAAAAUGAGAAAUAAUUUUGAAUAAAAUAAUAAUGUUAACUUUAAUAUCAUAAA